UAAUAAAUAUUAAAUAAUAAAUAAUAAACAAUGAAUAGUAAUAAUAAUAAAUAUCCAUUUCCAUUAUUAUCAAAUGCAGAUUUAUUAUUUUGCCUGGGGCAAAUGGGGCAUGAGUUUACAAAAGAGGAUAUUACACAACCACAACCAACUAAAAUUAGGGAAUUUUGUGAAUCUAUAUUAGAGUCAUUCAGCGGUUAUAAUAAGGGGCAAAGUCAAGUUCCAUUACAUUUUGCAAUCGACAAGCUUUCUGACCCAACUCUUUAUACACAAGAUGAGGCAAUUGGUGAAUUGGCAUUUUUAAGAGCAAUUUCAAAUUUAAUGAAAGUAGUUGGAUUUGAUUUUACAUCAAAGGAUAUUUAUAAACCAGAACCAAAUAGAACUAGAGGAAUGUUAAGUGGUAUUAUUAAUCUUGGUAAAUUUAUGCAAUUAAAGAUUUCAAAAUGGGGUGAGUUAUCAGAUGAAAAUGGAUCAUUAACUUAUGAAAGAGAUAUGACAAAAGAAAAUGAAGAAAGAUUAUUAGUCGAGUUGGAGGAAUUAAGAAAAAAGAAAAUGGAAAAAGAUCAAAUUAUAGAUAGUUUGAAAUUACAACUUCAACAAGAGGAGCAAAAAUUAAAACAGAUGUUACAAUUUCAAAAUGAACAAAAGAAAACACUUGUCAGUAGACAGAACUAUAAUGAAUCUAUUCAACAAAAGAUUUCGACCAUUUCUAAAACCAUCGAAAACACGUUGGAGGAGUGUUCAAGAAUGGAGGCUUUAAUUGUACCAUCACCAGAGAAAAUUAAAAAGGUAUUGGAAGAUAUGAAGCAAAAGAUUCACCAAAAGAAAGAGGGAUUAAAAGAUUUUGAACCAACAAUGUCCAAAUACCAAAACAAAUAUAAACAGUUGGAGAAAAUAAAUAAAAACAUUCAAGAUACCCUAGAGUUAGUUAGCAAUUAUCAAAAAGAGAAUCAAUCCUAUAAACAAUUUAAAAAAUCGACCAAACAGACAAAUAAAAUGAUUCAGGAGCAUACCAAACAAUUGGAACAAUUGGAGUUGGAGUUGGAGGAAUACAGAAAAAAUCUUUUGGUAAUCGAAGAAAAGCUUGUAAAGAAUAAAGAGUCCUAUAGAAUAAAGAAAUCUGAAUGCAUUAACACAGAGGGAGAGUUAAAAAAUCAAAAGGCAAUCAUAGAAAAGGAAAGAGAAUCAAUUCAAAUUAAAAUAGACUCAUUUAAUAAGGAGUUGGAUUACAUAAGAGCACAAAUUAACCAGUUAAAACAAAAUCAUGAAAAAGAAAGAGCUUCAAUACAAAAAAGUUUUUAUUCAUUAAUAGAUUCAAUUCAUAACUAUCAUAAUGAACUUUAUACCUUAAUUGAAAAUGAUCAAUUACAACAACAAUUAAAUUAUCAACAACAAGAACAAUUAUUAUUACAACAACAACAACAACAACAACAACAACAACAACAACAACAACAACAACAACAAAUACAAGAACAACACAUAUAGUUAAUAUUUAUGUAUAAUAAAGAAAACAUUUAAUAAAAUGAUAUAGUUUUAUUAAAAUUU